AUGUAAAUAUGGUCAGAUCUUUAUUGAGGUAAGCUUACAGCAGUCUACACGGAGACUGAAGAAAUAGUGUUGUGGGUUUGUUAUGCUUUGACUGUAGUGUCGAGAUCUAAAGGUAAAGCAAGUGCUUUCCUAAAGUAAAUUCACUGGGAGUCUGAAAGAGGAAUUUGGUUUUAACAUCUCGUUCAAAAGUUGGCAAUUCUAACACUGCAGAACUCCCAUAAUACGGCACUUGCAAUAUUAUAAAAGCCAACUUCCUGAUAAGGGGUUUGAACACACAACCUUCUGAACAAGAGCUUAGCUCGGCAGACGUACAGGAAAAUGAAUAAUGGAAAACAUGUCGCUUCAACACAAGAUGCAGUUCGUCUCAAAUCUGUUAAACGUAACGAUGACAAACCUUGGUACCUGGAAACGUCUGGAUUCAAGAGUCUAUCACCUUAUCUUAAUCCAGCUUCGGAUUCUGAAGAGCUACACAAGGUUCGGGAAACAAGCCAUAAAUACCAUCAGGGUUUAAAGACAAUGAUUCCUAUUCGUUUAACUCCAAAGCAUCCAUCAGCAUCUCCGAUCGAUAAUGCUGGCCUUUUGUCAUUCGUCUAUUUCUCAUGGUUGACCUCAGUGAUACUGAAAGGUUACAAAAAGCAGGUGAAUCAAGAAGUGUUGCCUCCCUUGUCCCAUAACGAGUCUUCAGACGUGAAUGCUGAAAGAUUCCUGCGUUUUUGGAAGGCUGAGGUGAAGAGGGUUGGCAUUGAGAAAGCUUCCUUGGGAAGAGUGACACUCCAGUUUCAGAGAACAAGGCUUAUUCUGAAUAUAAUGUGUAUCGUCCUCAGUAUGAUUUGUGCUUUUAUGGGACCGGCUGUGAUAGUGCAUAGUAUUCUCCAGUACGUUGAUGAAAAAAUGGAUGAUCUUGUUUACGGUAUUGCUCUGUGCGUUGCUCUGUUUAGUACAGAGUUGUUAAAAAGUUUUUUUUUCACACUGGCUUGGGCGAUCAGCUACCGAACUGGAAUCCGAUUGAAAAGUGCCAUCUCAACAUUGGCAUUUACCAAGGUGGUUCAUUUGAAUAGCUUAAGCAGCUGCUCUACUGGUGAGAUCAUGAACCUACUGUCAAAUGAUGGCAAUUGUCUAUUUGAUGCUGUUGUGUAUUGCCCUCUUGUGUUUGGUACACCAGUAUUGCUGUUCAGCUGUGCUGUUUAUUCUUGCAUUAUCCUCGGACCCACUGCAUUAUUAGGAAUGGUUGCUUAUAUCAUAUUUAUGCCUGUUCAGAUGCUAAUGGCUAAACUUACCACAGCACUUCGAAGGAAGGCAAUUAUUAAGACAGAUACUCGUGUGCGAUUGAUGAAUGAGGUGUUAAUGUACAUAAAACUCAUAAAGAUGUAUGCUUGGGAAAAAUCAUUUGCCAAUUCUGUCCAUGAUGUACGGAAGGAAGAACGAAAGAUACUGGAAAAAGCAGGAUAUGUUCAGAGUGUGAAUUCCUCAGUUGUGCCCAUUAUACCAGCAUUGGCCACUGUCCUGAUGUUCCUUGUACACACAUUUCUGAAACAUGAGCUGAAAUCAUCUAUGGCGUUUACCGUGAUUGCAGUUUUCAAUGCAAUGAAGUUCUCAUUGGGCACCCUUCCUUUCUCAGUUAAGGCAUUUGCAGACGCUAAAGUUUCUUUACAAAGAUUAAAGAAUGUUUUAGCCAUCGAAAAUCCUGUAUCGUACUUGCAUUUGCUUCAAGACUCCCCAUAUGCAGUGGUGAUGGAAAAUGCUUCGCUUUCCUGGUACGAAUCAAAAGAGAAGAAAGCAGAUCUCAGCAAGGUUACAAAAGGAAAAGAAGGAAUUGAUGCAAAUGGCAAGAAGGAGGACCCCAGUGAAGUUACUGACCAUGCAUCGCAAAAUAUUGCUGAGCCUCUAAGGCAAAACGGCAAUCUUCUAACAAUGACUCUCCAGAAUAUUAGUUUCCGCUUGGAGAAGGGAUCUCUUUUAGGAGUUUGUGGAAAUGUGGGAAGUGGAAAGAGCUCUUUGCUAUCGGCUGUGUUAGGACAGAUGUAUUUGCGUGAUGGAACUGUAGGGGUCACUGGAUCAUUUGCUUACGUAUCUCAACAAGCUUGGAUAAUUCAUGGGAAUGUCAAAGAAAACAUACUUUUUGGAAAGGAGUAUGAUGAGAAAAAGUAUAAAAGGGUACUCGAAAACUGCAGCCUUCAUCAGGAUCUGGCAAUACUCCCCUUUGGAGAUAUGACAGAAAUAGGUGAAAGGGGUAUCAAUCUGUCUGGUGGCCAGAAACAGAGGAUCAGCAUUGCUCGGGCUGUGUACUCUGACCAGGACAUUUACCUGUUCGAUGAUCCAUUAUCAGCUGUAGAUGCACAUGUUGGGAAACAUAUUUUUGAGGAAUGUAUCAAAAAGGCACUUCAGGAUAAAACUGUGAUCUUCGUCACUCAUCAGCUUCAGUGUUUAGAACACUGUGAUCAAGUUAUUUUACUGGACAAUGGCAAAAUUACGGAAAAAGGAACACAUGAGACUUUAAUGAAACAAGAUGGAUACUAUGCCAACUUAAUCAGGAAUUACCAAAUGGAACACACAGAGAAAUCCAAAGAUAAAGAGGAAAUAGCAGAACAAAAGCUGGACAGAACAUUGUCUGCCAGACAACACAAUGGCAUAGAGAAUCCUGCAUUUGAUAUGACUGAUGAGAAGGUCGAUUCAACAGACGAAAUCAGUGUUCAUGGAAAGAAGAACGAGGAUAUGGAAAAACCAAGUAGUGACCAGCUUGUUCAACAAGAAAGCAAGGAAGAAGGCUCUGUAUCAUUGGGAACGUACCAACAAUAUUUUAAGGCAGGAGGAGGAUAUGCAGCGCUUUCCUUUGUGCUCUUCAUCUUCAUCCUUAUGAUGGGUUGUACAAUUAUUAACGGUUGGUGGCUGAGUUAUUGGUUACAACAGGGAGCUGGGCCGAACUGCACCAGCCAAGUGAACAACACUGAAGCUAUGGACUGCAGCAGCAUCACAAACAAUCCCCAAAUGGGAUUUUACCAGCUCAUUUAUGGAAUGUUUCUUGUGGUAUUGGUUAUAUUGAGUUUCAUUAGAGGAUUCACUUUCACAAAGUACACCUUGAAGGCUUCUUCCACGUUACAUGACAAGGUCUUUCACACGAUUUUACGCAGUCCCAUGAGCUUCUUUGACACCACACCAGUUGGGAGGAUAAUCAAUCGGUUUUCAAGGGACAUGAAUGAAGUGGAUGUGUGGCUGCCUUUCCAAGCGGAGAACUUUUUGCAACAGUUAUUGACAGUUCUGUUCACAAUAGCAACGCUGGCAGCAGUGUUUCCCUACCUUCUCAUUCCAGUGGCAAUCAUACUUCUUCUAUUUCUGCUCAUUGUAAUGACAGCUCAGCAAGCUAUCAGAGAACUGAAGAGAAUGGAGAACAUCAGCAGAUCCCCCUGUUUUUCACACAUCACUGCAAGCAUCCAAGGACUGAGCACAAUUCAUGCCUACAAUAAAAUAGAUGAGUUUAUCGAGAAAUUUAAAUACCUAAAUGAUAGGAAUACCAACCAUUUUCUGUUUCACUGUUCCAUGAGAUGGCUUUCUGCAAGGACUGAUAUCUUCACAGUUUUUAUAACCCUGACUGUGGCCCUUUUCGUUAUCAUCAGUCCUGAUUCCAUCUCUGUCUCAAAUAAAGGUCUUGCUCUGUCAUAUGCUAUUCAGCUGACUGGACUCUUGCAAGUGUGUUUCAGGAUGGGAACUGAAACUGAAUCCAAAUUCAUAUCUGUAGAGCGAAUAAUCGAAUAUAUUAAGUCUGGUGUUUCUGAAGCCCCGCUUUAUAGUGAAGACACAACCAUUUCCAAGGAAUGGCCAAAUCAUGGCGUAAUCACAUUCAAGGACUACCAGAUGAAAUACAGGGAAAACACUCCAGUAGUGUUAAAGGGACUGAAUGUUAAUAUAAUGGCCCAGGAAAAGGUUGGAAUUGUUGGAAGAACAGGGUCUGGAAAGUCAUCACUGAGUGUUGCAUUGUUCAGACUGGUGGAGCCGACCGCAGGAACUAUCUUGAUUGAUGGUGUUGAUAUCCGCACUAUUGGUUUGGAAGAACUGCGAAGCAAACUGUCAAUCAUUCCCCAGGAUCCAGUACUGUUUGUCGGUACAGUAAGGCAUAAUUUAGACCCUUUUAAGAAUUACCAGGAGGAACAGAUUUGGGAAGCCCUCGAGAGGACUCACAUGAAGAAUAUGAUAUCAAAUCUUCCAAAGCAACUGGAAGCAGAAAUCAUUGAAAAUGGAGAGAACUUUUCUGUAGGAGAGCGUCAGUUGCUUUGUAUGGCAAGAGCACUGCUCAGAAAAUCCAAGAUUAUAGUUUUAGAUGAAGCCACAGCCUCCAUUGAUGCCGAGACUGAUUUGUUAGUCCAGAGUACCAUCAGAGAAGCCUUCCAUGAUUGCACAAUGUUAACAAUUGCACAUCGAAUAAACACAGUUCUGGAGAGUGACAGAAUUCUAGUAAUGGAUGAUGGAAAGGCUGUUGAAUUUGACAAGCCUGGUGUGCUUAUACGAACCCCCAAUUCAGCUUUUGCAUCAUUGCUGGCUGCUACCAACAAGAUUAAUUCAGAAGUAUGAAAAGGUUAAAAAAGAUUUGCUCAGAAUUACUGCAGAAAGGUACUAAGAACUGAUGUGAGAUCUUGAUUAUUUAUUACUGCACUGAAAGUUAGCCAUGGCGUUGAAAAGCAAUUAAAUGAAUAAACUAAUCAAAUUUUGGACAGUCACUAUAUAAUUCCACAUUUCAACUCAUGCAGAAUCUCAUUAUAGUGAUCUUAGAAUUAAAUUUCUAUUUCUUGGAGCUUAGAAGUAAUUUGGCAAAACAAUUAAAACAUUAGACACACCAACAUCAAAUUUCCUAUUUUAUUCCAUCCCACGAUUGAAAUCAACACUAAAUCAAUAGGAAAAUUAUUGCACUGACUGCUGAAGGGUAGUGUAAAGUAUGCAAUGAAAUAGCUGAAAAAUCAGUGUAAUUACUAGCGAGUUACAUCUUAACUCUGGCUUGCCAGUUAUCUACUUCACUUAUGCUUUACAGCAGCUGAAGCAUUGUUUGUCCACCUCCUGAGACCUGGGUUUGAAUCCAGUUCAGACUGACAGGAUCCCUCACAUUGAUUGUUCUUCUCAAUGGAAGACACUUAAAGGGGAAACCUCCUUACUACGAUCACUUUCUUGUCGUUUUGAGAGGUUAAAGGUGUGCAGUAAUAAUGAUAACAUGCUGUCAAUGUAUACUGGGAAUAAAAAUCAUUAGUUUUCUCCAAAGCUGAUCUUGUACCUGAAACCUUAAUGCUCCCUUAAUGCUCUCUCUGUUAGAAAUAUCCUAGGGCAUUUUUGAUCAGGCUGGCUCUGUCUCCCUUCAAACCUGUCUUUCUGGUGGAUGUACUUGUGACCUCAAACAUCUAUGGUUCUCUUCAAAGGGCAAAUGUGAAACUGGAUUAAGUGAGCAGGACUUUAUUGCAGCAAUAGUUUCCUCAGGACACCCUGACAGGGCAACAGACCUGUAAACUCUUGUGGUAUAAAGAAAAACUUUAUUUUAUUUAGCAGAUUAUUGAUGAUGCAAAUUGUUAAAAGGGAAUAUCUAAUUGUAUAAUCUUUUUUGUUUCUUUAGAGCUUGGAGGACUUAUGUUGAAUAGAAAGUAUUCCCCCAUUGAGACUUUAGUUGUCUUUUAAGACAUAUUGAUGAUUUAAAAAUAUUGACUUUUUUGUAUAGUUAUGCUGAUAUUCAUUGAAUCUAGAAUGUAUAACAUUGAAAAUAUUGUAAAUAGCUAUAGAAAAUAAUGAAUGUUAAAGGGAAGCUGGAUUGCCUUAAUUUGCAUAUUAAAUUUAGAUAUUUAUCACCA